GUACGUCUGAGUAGUUUGGUUGAACAUCAUUUAAUCCUCCAUAAAAUCUACACAAAUAUGAAAUUUAUUGUCUGGAUUAUUUUCUUCUUUAUAGGCUGUGUCUUUCAUUGCAAACCUAGUGAACUCUAUUCUACAAAGCAUACAGACUGUAUACCUAUGGGAACUCUACGUCGCACUGUCAACUACCAAAAGAUAGAAUGUAGUCCUGGUGAAAUGAUUUAUAUAGCUCAACAAAACAUGAGAUACGAAGGAAGUACAGUCAAUCCGUUAUUAACAGCCAAACAUGAAUGCCAAAAGCAUGGAAACCAAAAUGAAUGUUUUCGUUCAAUUCCUGCUGAUUUUGAUGUAGAUUUUACCUCAUAUUUCAAUAUAUCUCAAAAGUGUAAUGGCAUGAGGAUGUGCAUCCUUACUUUUAGCGACUACUACAAUUCAGUAAGAAAAUUUCUGGAUUCAUGUGAACUCGGGGGAAGGUACGAUUUUGAACAAGUUCGCAAUAUGGCAAACUACGAAUGUUUAGCAACUAAAGCUGUUUUUCACGUCAAAAGCAAUAUCACAGUCACAAGACAAGGGACUGUGUAUCUAAUAGUGAGUACAAAGACAUGGUGUCAUGUCACAGGAAAGAUUAACGCAUCACGAAUCUUGGAGCAGACCCACGUAGAACUAAGGAUCAGUCGUGACAGCAACCAGAUAUGCACAGGGGAUCGUCUGAAAAUAGACUGUAGGGAAGAGGAUUUUUCUGAGAUGCCUCCGGCGCCAGGGGAAUCUAGCAGGAAUCUCGUCUUCAUACUUGGAGGAGUGGGGAUUGCACUGAUAGCUGGAGCUAUUUGCGUUUUCGUGGUCGUCAAAAUGAAAUUUUGUAGAAGACCUGAUUUAAACAAACAUAAGAUAAACGAGAAAGUCAGACCUACGAGCACUUUUAAUCACCAGGAUGUCGUCCAGAAAAAUUCACGUCAGAAUAAAGACUCUGAAAAACAAAGCAUAGCUUUUAAAUCAAAUCGUGCAGUUUCAAACACUGAUAAGACAGAGACAUUACUUCCGGUACAGGAUGGGGAUUAUUCCUUAAUCAAGGUUUCAGAUUUUGAAGAACAAAAUGACAAAUUGAAAGAUGACAACACAAGUACAACAGACACAUCACAUCAUGGGCAGGAUGGGGUCUAUUCCUUAAGCAAAGCUUCAGAUUUUGAAGGAAAAAAUGACAGAGUGAAAGAUGGGAAAAUGGAUAUGACAGAUACCUCACUUCUGGAACAGGAAGGAAUGUAUUCCUUAAUCAAUGCUUCAGAUUUUGGAGAAAAAAGUGACAUCCUGAAAGAUGACAAUUUGUUCGACAAAGAAAAUAAAGAGAACAUAACGAAACAGAAUGAAAGUGUCAACACAGAUAGAAAUCAGAUCAUAGGAGAGGUGACGGGGGAUGUUUAUGCCUCUGUGUGUAAAAGAGACAAUCUGGAAGACAGUCGAAUUACAGGUCCAAAAGGAGACAUCUACACGACUGUUUCCAUGCCGUCAAAAACAAAAUGAACUUCUUGAAAUUUAGAGUUUGAUUACUUGAUGAGAAUCUAAGCAUCUUAGACAUCUUUUUUAAUCUACUGAAUUUCAAGAAAAUAGUUUACCUAUGAAAAAAAAAACAAUAAAAAUUAGAAAACAUGAUGUAUUCAAAACUUUCUAAAAUUAUACUUUUAAUCCAAAUUUGAAUGAAAUCCAUGUUUACCAAUAUCCCAGUAUAGCCGAGAGAUUUAUGUCCCUUUUAU